AUGUCGAAUGUGCUGGGCAUCGCUGUGCCUCGCUCCGAGGCUGUACCUUUGCGCGAGGGGCUUCUUGCAUACAUUGCAGAACGGUUCCCAGAUAUGGAUGCAGCGCUCUUUCACGCUGAUAUUGACGCGUGGACGAUUGCGCGCAAUGCAUGUGUGUCGCUGAGCGUGCACGUAGACAGCAUCCACUUUCUCAUGCAGUACUGGGCGCAACUUAGUUUUCUUGCGUCGCUUGUGGACGAUGAUGUACAUGUACUAUUUCCAUGGGCAAGCGGUAUGCAUGCCUACUCGCUCAAACCGCACCGAAGUGUGUCGGUGGAACGUGCAUUGAUCAUCUUCUCCAUUGCCGCGCAGUACUCGCAGCUGGGAAAAGCCGAGCCGCGCAUGGAAAAAGAGAGCAUGAAACAUGCUAUUUCUUUUUUUCAGCUAGCGGCAGGGUGCUUGGGCCACCUGCUAACCUUUCCGCUCCAAGAGGCAGCGAGUGAUCUGGUAGAAUUGGAGCACGCCUCGCUCCACGCACUAAAACACCUCAUGCUUGCCCAAGCCCAGGAAUGCUUUUGGCAGAAGGCAGUCCAGGACGGCAUGAAGGACGCGACAAUUGCGAAACUUGCGCGCAGCGUCGCUGAUUUGUACGAGUGUGCAGCGGCAGACGCCAGUCGUUCGCGCCUUCCUCUUCCAUGGGCACAGCACAUGCAAUACAAACAGUGGCAUUUUCGCGCCGCCGCACAGUUUCGAAAGAGCAACGACGACCUUGCGAACCGGCGCUACGGCGACGAACUGGGACGUCUUACACUUGCGUCGGACUACGUCCGACGUGCCAUGCAAAUUCCCACGAGAAACUUGGAGUGCGACGCGCUCGCCAACGACCUGCAAAGUUUGCAGUCGAUUGUGAAGGAAAAUCUGGCGCGUGCGGAGCGCGACAACGAACUGAUCUACUUGGAUACCAUGACCAGCGAGGCAGGACUGUUGGAUGUUGGGACAGCCGUCAUGGUCCAAGCGACCGUGCCGGAAGCAUUGCAAGCACCCGUCGCAUGGCUCCGCAAAAUGUUCCCUGAUCAGCAGCUCUGGCUUCAGCGUUUGGUGAUGUACGGAAUGGAUGUCGUGCUUCGUUUGUACAACGACCAAAAGAGCCAGUUUAUUGCUAAAGAGCUAAAAUUUCGCGUCGCUGAACGCCAGCAGGCAUCCCGGGCCAAACUGGCCGCGCUGGGCCUGCCCGACGCCCUCGAUAGGAUCGAGUCGCCGCGGUGCAUGCCCCGGGGCUGGGCACAGUAUACACAAGUAUUGCGCCGCGCUGGCGGCGUGCAUGCACUGCAGGAUGGCACAGACGAGGUACAGCGCUGCGCUCUGCGUGCAAAAGAAGUGCUACAUGCAAUGCAAGGCCCUCUUUUUAAAGCGUACCCCGGCCUUGCCGACGCCCACGUUCAGCAACAGCAUGCACUGCAAGCGCAAUGGCGCGAAUAUGAGGCCAUCCUGGCCCAGGCAGACGCAAGCGACGCAGUCGUGCGCGAGAAGUUGGACAGUGUCGCGCCUUGGCUAAGCGCGCUCCAGCAGGGCGAGACUGCACUGCUGGCAAUGCUUGAGCCGUACGUUGUACCGCUCGAGCGCUGCCGCCGCGAUCUGGUCUCGCAACUUCGUGCGUUGCGCGCCGAGAUGGAGACGCUUGACGACGAGGCAGCACAGUGCAGCAGACUCGUCCAAGAAGCGGAAAAUACGGAUGAUACCCCCGCAAUGCGCAAGCGUCUCAUCGCCGCGGCAAAAGACCGCCACUUGGGCGAUUGGAGUGUGGAUGUUCCCGAGGCAGUGGAUCCAAGCAAGCUGCAAGACGUCGUCCAGGAUGGACUCGCUACUUACACGGUCUAUCUGCACCGCCUGGACGAGUUGUGUGCCGCGCACAAGCGCCAAUUGCACGCAGUCGAAGCCGCUUGGAAACAAAUCUGCGCCCAUGCACAAUUGCGCGGCGCAUUGGCGUCGCAACAAAAGUGCGAGGAGGGGGUCGAGCAUGCGUAUGCUGCAUACAUGGAGCUGGAUGGAAAUAUACAGGAAGGACGCGAUUUUUACGAGCGCCUACUCCCGCUCUUGACCUCGCUGCACACAGAGCAGCAAGACUGGCAGCGUCAUGCGCCGACAAAAGCAAGCCCCAAAUGGGGCGCAUUCCACGGCGGGAACAUUUGUUUUGAUGCGUAG